AGCAGAGUUUUACUAGCUUUCAAAUUCAAGGAAACAGCACCACCAACUGAACGAGUGACAGAAGCAAGCAUGGCUAUGCAGGCAGCAACACACAGCGAUCUUCAUUUUUCUUAGGAGCCUGUAAGAGACCAGCUGGAGAAAUGCAAAGCAUGAGUAAUAAUGACUUCUUCAAUAUCAGCCAGUCUGAUAAUGUCAGUAGCCUGAAUGUUUCUAAUGCUGCUACAGGAAAUGGUACUGCGGGUGUGGAUGCAGGUCCACAGGUGGUAAUUGUACCUGUCAUUUUUUCACUGGUAUUUCUUUUGGGUGUAACUGGAAACUCUUUAGUCAUUACUGUUUUGGUGAGGAACAAAACAGGAAAGUCUAGCACUACUAAUAUGCUUAUCCUAAACCUAAGCGUGGCUGACCUCGCCUUCCUUCUCUUCUGUGUUCCUUUCCAAGCAACCAUUUACUCCCUGCCAGAAUGGAUCUUCGGGGCCCUGCUUUGUAAGUUUGUUCACUAUUUCGUCACAGUCACCAUGCUGGUCAGUAUUUUUACCUUGGUAGCCAUGUCCAUGGACAGGUACAUAGCUGUGGUCCACCCCCAGCGCUCUCCAUGCAUCCGGAAUCGAAGGAAUGCCUCUCUGGGCAUGUGCAUUGCUUGGAUCCUCUCUCUCUGUAUUGCAGCCCCUGUAGCCCAGCAUCAGACCCUUGUCACAGGUUACCAUGAAGCUAUAAACAGCUCUUUCUGCUGGGAAUUAUGGGAGAUCAGGGAAAAAAAGCAAACUUAUACAGCCUUCAUCCUCACCGUUGGUUAUCUGGUACCUCUCUCACUCAUCUCCUGCUGUUAUUUCAGACUUCUCUGCCAUCUCCACAAGAAAAUACGGGUCAUGUCAAAGAAGUCAGAGCGUUCCAAAAGAAAGACGACUCAAACUGUUUUAGUAGUGGUUGCUGUUUUCUCCAUAUCCUGGCUUCCACACCAUGUAAUUAGUAUGUGGGCGGAUUUUGGCACCUUCCCCCUUAAUGAUGCCUCCUUUGCUUUCCGAAUUAUAUCGCAUUGUCUGGCUUAUGGCAACUCCUGUGUCAACCCCAUCAUCUAUGCUUUCUUGUCCGAAAACUUCAGGAAGGCCUACAGAGAGGUGUUUCAUUGUCGAAUCGUCAACCCUGUUUCUUCAGAGGACAACAAUGUUGGUAGCAAAGUGGAGAGCAUUACCGUUUCUCAAUCCAUCACAAACAUGUAAAGAAUUCUUCAUUUUUAAACAUUGUGGGAAAACACGUGACCAUAAUCUUGGCAAAUAAAAACUACACACUGGCUUAAUUUCUACAGUUUAACAGAUUGAAUAAAUUCCACAAGUAGCUUUGUUUUCUGGUGUCUCUAAGAGUAGUGUGUGAUCCAUUUCAGAAAGUAAAAAAAAAAAACCUUCAGUUUACUGAACUGCUAUAAAUAAGUGAUGUCAUUGAAAGGCAAAAAUGUUUCUAAAGUUUUCACUUUAUUCAUCUGGAACAUUUACAGUGUAAGUGGGCACUAUUCCUUUUCUCCCACACUGUGAUCUAUCUAGUAGAGACAGAGUGUUAAUGACUUAUGACUAGAGUGCUGUCAUGGAUUACGGCAGAUCAUCUGCUUCCUGAUAUAUUAAUACAUUUCGUAGUUGUUAAAGCCAAGCAUGUGUUGUUAAUAAAGUGUGAGUCUCUAUA